AUGCAUUCGACGACACAGCAAAGUUACGUAGGCAUCCUCUCUAUUGGGAAGAUGGGCGCGGGUAUCGCGAAGCUUCUUAAGGCCUACGGAUUCAACGUUGGCACAAGUGGUCGUAACAGAAGUCCAGCUACCAUUCGACGGGCUGAGGAAGCGAACGUGGAGGUCCUAUCCUCCGACAUCGAACUAGUGGAGAAAGAGUCGGUGAUCCUCUCCGUUGUGCCCCCAAGACAUGCGAUUAAAACGGCGCAGCGGGUCGUGGACGCCUUACACGACCUUGCCACUCGUGGUUCACGACCGGGUAGCCCCUUGUACUUCAUAGAUCUCAACGCCGUUGCACCAUCAACGGUUCGAGGAAUAGCCGAGCUCUUCACCUCGACCGCCUUGCCUACAACAACCAUGAGUGGUGUUGAGCAUGGCUUUAACGGUCGAUGGGUACAAACGCGAAUCCCCAUUUCCGGCCCUCGCCACAUCACUGAGUUACCCAUUCACGGGGAGAUACUUUAUGCGGCGCUGAACAUGCGUUACUUGGGCAGCGAAGUGGGAGCUGCCAGCGGACUGAAGAUGUGUUACACAACCAUGUUCAAGGGAUACAUCGCAGUCGCGGCGCAAGGCUUCACCACAGCAGAGCGACUCGGCCUGCUCGACGCACUCAAAGACGAGCUGCAACUACGUCUCCCAGACCACUUGCGUCUAGCAAAGAGCGGUGUCGUAGUCACGCCGCCGAAAGCAUACCGUUGGGUGUUCGAAAUGGAAGAGAUAGACCGGACUCAUACCGAAGAGGGUGGGUUUGAUUCGGGCUUAUUCCAGGGAGCUGCAGGAGUGUUUCGUGGCAUAGCGGAAGUCAGCAGUCUUGGUGAAGAAAAGAUUGGGAGUAGAGUCCGAGGCACUACCAUGGAAGACUUUGCUGCCACACUCGCAAGGGAUUUAGAACAUAGGGCAGUUUGUCGCCAGACUCCCCGGGAGAAAGGCGACAACCGUUAG